UUCAAACUUGGUUCGUAGCAUAGUCGAAAGAGGAAAAAGAGUUUAGAAGAAACUGCACUAAGCUACAUCUAUGUGUAGCAGUUCCUCAUUUUUUAAUCAACACGACAUGUUGGAUUAUAGAUGGUUUUUACCGAAAGGAAGCGAAUUAGGAACUUUCCACCCAAGAUAAAGUAGACGUCGAGUGUUUUUGUCUACACAUAACGGAUCUUAGUUUUUAUCAUGGAAGAUGGAGGGAAAGAGGACACAGCCAAGCCUAAAGAGGUCAAGUUCACAGGCAAAGCCGGCUGGUUGAAGAAAUCAUCUGGGGGUUUUUUUGGGUCGUACAAAGACCGAUACCUGCAGCUGGAACACACAGAGAUCGGAGUGUACGAAAGUGAGGAUUUGAAGAAUUGUCUAGAGAGGUUGGACCUUGAAAACUAUGAAAAAUGCCAUGAGUUACGAGGUGCAUUCAAGAAGAAAAACAGACUGAUAUUGAUCAAAGCCCCGAAAUGUGUAAAUAAGGUCCAUGAUGUGAAAUUGCAGGCCCAAAGCCAGGAGGACAAGGAGGCCUGGAUCAAGGCCCUUAGUGAUGGCAUCAACAGAGCAAAAAAUAAAAUCUUUGAUGAGGUGAAGGUUGAUGAAGGAAAUCCUUUAGAGCACGUGACACGCACCCGACCCAAAGGAAACCGCGGGAGAAGACCCCCAACGAGGAUACACAUGAAAGAAGUCGCUAAUGUAUCAUCUGAUGGAAUUCUGAGACUGGAUUUAGAUGUUACUGACAGUACGGCUAACGGAACUUACCAUGUCAACACUGAAGAAGGCACCCAACCCGACGGGGUAACAACAACCACCAGUGACGGCCCUAAGGAUGAGCCCACCCCCCAGAAGAAGAUUCUGAAGCCACCGAUGCCUCCAUCCAAGCAGAACAAACCUGUAUCAGUAUCGGAAGAAGACACCCAUGGCGAGACAACUUCGGACAGUGGGGUCGACACAGGUGCACCACCCACUCCCAGCAAACCCAGCAGCUCUCAGGACGAUUUGUCCUCUGAUUUAUCCUCAGUCGACAAAGACCCGAAACCCCCGAAACCUCCAUCGAAAGAGAAGAAGCCCACUCUGGCGGAUGAGAAGGAGGCCAAAGAGACCCCAGAGGCAGAAUCGGAGGUUAUAGAUAAGGAGGAGACUGAAGAGAAAACCGAGGAAACAACCGAGGCUGCUCAAGACAACGAACAGGACAAGCCUACAGAUAUGGACGAUCUCCCUCCGAAAAAUGUGCUGAAGCCCUCAGUUGUCAUGUGGGACACACCUCUCACGGAGACAUUCUCAGAGUCAGAACAGGCAGACGUGUCUAAAGAAACACAGUCCACUCCGGAGCCUUUGAAAAAGACCACAGGUCCACCUGCCCCACCUAAGAAGAAACCUGUUAAAUGCCCUGUCAAGUCGGAAGACAACGAACAGCCGAGUGACGCCAAGAAGGACAAAGGUGAAGAAGGUUCUUCAUCUGAGCUCAUCUCUGAGUCAGCAGAGACUUUGUCAGAGGCCCAGUCUGAAACGAAUACUCUCUCAAAAUCCCCUGAGCCCUCGACCGAGAGUGAGGUAGUUCCGCCUGCGACUGUUUCAGAGGAGAAGGUUGAGCCUUGUGAUGUAUCUGUUGGAAAGGUUGAACAGGAGGAAGAGAAGUCUGUAGAUAGUGGUCAGCACUCGGCAGAGGAGUCGGAGAACGGAGACACAACCACAACGUCCACCGCUCCUCUGCUAGGCAGUCAGGCGAAACUCGACGAGGACAGCAGCGAGGCAGAUGAGACCGAGCCAUCAAACACACAGUCAGAGAGCACCAGUCAAGGUCCAUCCACCAGUGCCGAGAAUCCCAGUGCCCCUCAAAAGGAAUCCUGUGGACGUGACUCUCCCACCCUGCCUCCCAGUGUGCGAAGCAAGCCUCAAAUUUUGUCCCCACGCCCUCUUCUACCCCUCAAACCCAAUGCGAAGGUGAGGUCUGCUUCUGUGGGUGACCUUCUGGCAGAGCAAGAGCAACAGGCAGAGCGCAAAGAAUCUGCCAAAUCUGCAGAGCGUGACAUGAAGGAUUUGGAGAGUAAAAUGACUCUAGAGAUUAAGAACACAGGAGAUCUUCUGCAUAUAGUAUCAGAUACACAGAGAGCAGAAGGUGAGAAUCAAGGUGAACUAACACCAGAGGUGCUGCUAACCACAGCCAUGGAGAAGCUCAGGAAAGCUGAAGAGAUUUUAAGUGUGGCCAAGAGUUUCAAAGAGAGAAAGUCCUCAGUGAGCAAGAGAAUGAGCUGGUGAUGUUUCUUAACUGCUGUUCGGCUUGUGGCUGUUCUUGCUUAGUGUUGAAUUUUAUGCAAGUUUUUGCUUGUGAUUAAGUGCAAUUUUUAAGUCCAUCACUUCUACAAAUGCGCUAGUCUACGCUAGUAUUUCUAUCUUUGUACUAAGGGUAAUGGCUUGAAAACAAAACCUUUUAUAUUAUUUAAUGUUUGUAACAUAUACUGAUAUCAAAUUACUUAUCUGUCCAACAGUUUCAGUUAAACCUUUGAAGGAAGGAACAUUUCAGGUUUAGAUAAUAUAAUCUCAAUCUACUGCGUCAGCAGCUAAAUUAGUCACACACUCAGUAAUUCCACACAAUAUCUCUCCUGUGUGUCCCCUAGGCCCCUAACAGUGGUAUUUGGCAGACACUUUUAUCCAAUGCCACUUACACUAUUAGAAUAGCACUUAACAAUGUCCGCAUAAAUAAAUAGUUGAACUCUACGAAAUGAGAAUUUGAAUACCGGCAACAAUUGAGAGCAUAUAAGGCACCUCUUUGCAAUGAUAGUUGAAUUUACUUUAUAAUUAUAAUUAUACAGUCUGAUGAGGUGUUGCAGAAUUGUUCCUAGUGGUAGUGGAUAGUGGAUUGCUAACGCAGAAGGUAGAGAUUACAUGUAAAACCUGGAAUGUACCCAAAAUAUGUUUCUUGGAUAUACAUUACAGUUUGAUCAUUUCCCAUUUUUAAACAUUGUAAAUGACCAAUUAUUAUUGAAAUAAUGUUGCCCAUAAUUCAAAGCUUAUUCUCUGCUUACUCUGUACUCCAUGAGAUGGAGACUACAUGGCAUAUGUCAUUUUUAAACAGUGCCCAUGUCUGCAUAUUGUUCAAUAGAUACUUCUAUUUUCUGCUCUUGUGCGAGGCAGCACUUGGGAAGAAACCUUGUAGGUUUACCUUGGUUUCCUUGGUAUGUCCCUCAAUGCUCAUCUCUCUAUGUUGUGGUUGUCAUCACACAAGCCAGCAUACAAGAUUUAAAAUUAGUGCACAGGAACUUGCUACUUCCUGAGCACUUUACCCUGCAGCAUUACAUGUACUUGCACAGGGGUGAUGUGUGAAAGGCAACGUUUGUUUGGCUCUGUUGUGCAAUACAGUAAUCCUCGUGUAAUCAGUGAUUCACUGACAGAAUAGCAGCAUUCAAAGCUGCCCUCUAUACUUCCUCCAUUAACACUGAGAUCAAAUUCAUUGCUGUUUUGUUUUGCUUUGUUUGUACAGUGCAAGGCAAAUUGUUAAUGUCUUGUAGAAGAGUGUUAGAUUAUGCCCAGCUAAUGCCAUGUGUUUUUUUUUUUAUAGAGAUGAAUUUCGAUUUUAAAAUGUGGUACCUUCAUGUAUGAGUGGUGACUGUUGCGUUCACAGUCAGCAUGUGAGCAUGCAUGUUAAAUGUAGGCAUAUCUGGUAAAUUGUUAUUUAAAACAUGAUUGCCUCCGAUCAGUGUUUACAUGGCAACCAGUAACAUUCUCCACAUUCCUGUGAAUCCUGGUUGGCCUAGAUCCUAUGGUUUUGACAUAGGUUAAAACAUUCAAAUAUGUGAAUUGUUUCUUUUGAACAUAAAAGUGUAAAUAAUAAAAUUGACUAAAAUGCUUAAUAUUUAAGUUAUUAAUCCUCUCACAUAUCCCCCUGUCUUAGGUCACAGUAAAUAGGUUUAGUAAAUUUAAAGAGGGAGUGUUAAAAUUGAAAUGUCUAAUAGCCAACUGAUAGCCCCUCACGGUUUAACAUGCAUCACUGUUCAGUGUUGCGUUGUAUAUUUUUUCCUUAUAUUGAUCAAAAUUGAUUUACUAAUUGAAUUACUAAUGCAAUUUAAAUUCAUGGUUGUGUAAAACUUGCUAAGCAUGUCUAAAUAAAUUGUCUGUACUUA